AUGCCGGACGGAAACGGGCAUACACCUCCCUUUGCUCCGCCACGGAACCGGCAUAAUCUGGCGAAGCUGAAUCUAAGUGGGAUGCGGAAUCCCGAACCGGAUCUGUCAAAUGAAGAUAAUAUGAACAGUUUAGAUUACGUUCGGAAAUAUCUGUCAAACACAUUAGUACUACCGCCGAAAGAUGAAAUUCAUGAAUUCGCGCGUGAUCACUUACAGGAAUUGGAACUUCUUGGCAAUGGAAGUUUUGGAGUUGUCCGAAAGAUGCUCCAUCGACCAACGGGUGUAGAAAUGGCUGUUAAAAAAAUCACACUUAUAAACAAUGGACCAGACGACGCUUUCAACAAAUCAAUGCAGAGGUUUCGGCUGGAAGUGGAAGCAACAAAAGCAGCCAGCAAUUGCGAUGAAAUUGUCAGAUACUAUGGAAUAACAUUUCAUGAGGGAGUUGCGUGGAUGUGCAUGGAACUGAUGGACCUAUCUCUAGACAAAUUGUAUAUGAUUGCUCAUGACAUUCUGUCAGUGGAUAUCCCGGAAGAAAUUCUUGGAGCUGUUGCAGUUGCGACAAUUCGCGCUCUGGAGCACCUCAAAACAACUCAUCACAUCAUACACCGAGACAUCAAGCCAUCAAAUAUUCUGCUGGACAGGCAUGGCUGUGUCAAGUUGUGUGAUUUUGGUAUAUGCGGGUACCUUCAAAACUCCGUUGCCCAGUCUGUGGAUGUUGGAUGUCGACCGUACAUGGCGCCUGAGCGACUAGCUCCAAACGCCGAUGGAUAUGACAUCAAAUCAGAAGUGUGGAGUCUAGGCAUCACGAUGGUAGAGGUAGCCAACGGGAAGUAUCCUUAUGACGGUUUUCUCGAUGCACCUAUUUUGGACCAAGUCAGAAUGGUUGUGUAUGGCGAUCCUCCAAUACUGGAUCCAAAUCAUGAUUUCUCGAUGCCCAUGAAGAUGUUCAUAGCUCAAUGUACAAUCAAAGAUCGAUUUCUAAGAGCAAGUUUUGAAGAUCUCAAAAAAACUGGGAUCUUCAAAGAUUAUAUACGAGAUGACCAUAAGCGAAUUGUUGGUCAAUUUGUCUUCGAAAUGUAUGAACAUCGUCUCCGACUACCGUUUGCAAACUUCUAG